AGACAGCAUCCAGAGGCACUGUUAUUGGAGGCAAUUCUGAAGCUAAAAGAUGAGCAAAGAGAGAAGAGGUACUCCCUUAUAGGGACUCAUAAAGGCAUAGAGCAUCUAGAGAUUUACUGCCUCCAUUACUCUGCUGGGUCUCACAGCACUUGUUAUGUUUUUAUCAGUUUCUCUCCAGAAGAGGUUGGAAACCCAAGUGCCUACAGAGGCCAGGCUGGUGGGAAUGAAGCAGGAAGCCACUGCAGUGAACUGGAGAGCCAAGUCCUAUCUGAAGGAGCAGCCAUUGCUCCGUUCCAGAUAAUUGUUGCAAGGCAGGAAUGUUGACCUAGUGUUACCACAUUGUCCAGUUUCUCAGUUCCACUAAGAUGACCUCUUCUAAGCUUUCCACACUAGCAUUGAUUGCUGCUGUUUCAAGCCAGGAUGUGUUCCCCAUACAGCACAAUAAAGGAAUUAGGAGAAUUCCUAAUAACAGAAUUCCGUAACAGAAGGGAAUUUGUAAAUCUUGACCAUAAAGCAACUCUCCCUCUUAUAUUCAAGAACAGUGGGGAAAAACCUUCACUUAUACUAGGAAAUUUACUGCUACAUUAUUGGAAUUUUGAAGACAUGAAAACAUCAGAUGAACCAGCCUGCAACAUCUUGAAUUCAGAUUGGAAGAUGAAGAGAAAGCUUAAAGAAUGUGGCCUAUAAAGGCGGGUAGUACCUGGAAAUAUUAACCAACUCACACUGUAAAAAUGAAACCAGUUUCUAAAUACUAGAGGUUAUUUUAGUCCAACGUCAAUGUUCAAGACAAAAUGUUGAACUAAAAACUUUACACUCCUCCCCUCCCCCACUUCAGACAGGUACCAGCAUUGUUGAAUAUGAUUUUCCUUAGUCAGAAACACUCAUUUUUACCCAUGUAGCCCAUCCUUAGGAAUUAAAUACUGGUUAUUUAAUGUAGAUUAUAAUGGGAAACUGAUUUUUUCCACAAUGGCAGAUUUCAAGGACUUGGUUCCAAACUGAGCCGAAGCUUCCCAAUGCAUUUUGUACAGUCUGGGAAAAACUGUGCUGCAUUGGCCAUUUUUGAAGGCCACCAUGCCCUGUAAUAUAAGGAUAUCAUCUUAUUGCUGAUAUCUUUGGAGAGUCCCAAGCAGACACAGAAAAUGAAUGGAGGCAAGGAGUGUGACGGAGGGGACAAGGAUGGAGGUCUUCCAGCUGUACAAGUUCCUGUGGGUUGGCAGCGUCGUGUGGAUCAAAAUGGAGUGCUUUAUGUCAGUCCCAGUGGGUCUUUGUUAUCUUGCUUGGAGCAGGUUAAAACAUACCUGCUUACUGACGGAACAUGCAAGUGUGGCUUGGAAUGUCCUCUUAUUCUUCCCAAGGUGUUUAAUUUUGAUCCUGGAGCUGCUGUGAAACAGAGAACUGCAGAAGAUGUUAAAGCAGAUGAAGACGUCACAAAGCUAUGCAUACAUAAAAGAAAAAUCAUUGCAGUGGCAACACUUCAUAAAAGCAUGGAAGCUCCACAUCCUUCACUGGUGCUCACCAGUCCUGGAGGAGGAACAAAUGCAACUCCAGUAGUACCUUCACGGGCAGCAACUCCAAGAUCUGUAAGAAAUAAGUCUCAUGAAGGAAUUACAAAUUCUGUAAUGCCUGAAUGUAAGAAUCCUUUCAAGUUAAUGAUUGGAUCAUCAAAUGCCAUGGGAAGGCUAUAUGUACAAGAACUGCCUGGAAGCCAGCAACAAGAACUCCACCCUGUCUACCCCCGGCAGAGAUUGGGCAGCAGUGAACAUGGACAGAAAUCUCCAUUCCGUGGCAGCCAUGGAGGCAUGCCCAGCCCAGCGUCGUCAGGUUCCCAGAUAUAUGGAGAUGGCUCAGUCUCUCCAAGGACUGACCCACUUGGAAGCCCUGAUGUUUUCACAAGAAAUAAUCCUGGUUUUCAUGGAGCUCCCAAUUCUAGUCCUAUUCACCUGAGUAGGACUCCUCUUUCUCCACCUUCAGUAAUGCUACAUGGUUCUCCUGUACAGUCAUCCUGUGCAAUGGCUGGAAGGACUAAUAUACCUCUUUCCCCAACCUUGACUACCAAGAGUCCAGUAAUGAAAAAACCAAUGUGUAAUUUUUCAAGUAAUAUGGAAAUACCACGAGCAAUGUUCCACCACAAACCACCCCAAGGCCCACCUCCCCCUCCUCCACCUUCUUGUGCUCUUCAGAAAAAGCCAUUAACAUCUGAGAAAGAUCCACUUGGCAUUCUUGACCCUAUUCCUAGUAAACCAGUGAAUCAGAACCCUGUUAUCAUUAAUCCAACUAGUUUCCAUUCAAAUGUCCACUCUCAGGUACCUGUGAUGAAUGUAAGCAUGCCUCCUGCUGUUGUUCCUUUGCCAAGUAAUCUCCCUUUGCCAACCGUAAAACCUGGUCACAUGAAUCAUGGGAGUCAUGUACAAAGAGUUCAGCAUUCAGCUUCAACCUCCUUGUCCCCUUCUCCAGUGACAUCCCCAGUGCACAUGAUGGGGACUGGAAUUGGAAGGAUUGAGGCAUCGCCCCAAAGAUCACGCUCAUCUUCCACAUCAUCAGAUCACGGAAAUUUCAUGAUGCCACCUCUAGGACCCCAGGCCACUUGUAGUGGUAUUAAGGUUCCACCCAGGUCACCAAGGUCAACAAUAGGGUCCCCAAGGCCAUCAAUGCCAUCAAGCCCUUCUACCAAGUCCGAUGGACAUCAUCAGUACAAGGAUAUCCCUAACCCAUUAAUUGCUGGAAUGAGUAAUGUACUAAAUACCCCAAGCAGUGCAGCUUUUCCUACUGCAUCUGCCGGAAGUGGUUCUGUAAAGAGUCAGCCUGGUUUGCUGGGAAUGCCUUUAAAUCAGAUCUUGAACCAGCACAAUGCUGCCUCCUUUCCAGCAAGUAGUUUACUCUCAGCAGCAGCCAAAGCACAGCUAGCAAAUCAAAACAAACUUGCUGGUAACAACAAUAGCAGCAGUAGCAAUUCUGGAGCUGUUGCUGGCAGUGGCAACACUGAAGGACAUAGCACUUUAAACACCAUGUUCCCUCCUACUGCCAACAUGCUUCUCCCAACAGGUGAAGGGCAAAGUGGUCGCGCAGCACUAAGAGAUAAGCUGAUGUCUCAGCAAAAAGACUCAUUGCGGAAAAGAAAACAGCCACCUACCACAGUGUUGAGUUUGCUCAGACAGUCGCAAAUGGAUAGUUCUGCAGUUCCUAAACCUGGACCCGACUUGCUAAGGAAGCAGGGUCAGGGUUCAUUUCCCAUCAGUUCAAUGUCUCAGUUACUACAGUCUAUGAGUUGUCAAAGCUCUCACUUGAGUAGCAAUAGUGCCCCGGGUUGUGGGGGCUCAAAUACUGCUUUGCCUUGCUCUGCUAACCAGCUGCAUUUUACAGAUCCCAAUAUGAACUCCAGUGUUCUUCAGAAUUCACUGACACAGAACAUACCUUUAAGAGGGGAAGCCGUGCACUGCCACAAUGCAAACACUAACUUUGUUCACAGUAACAGUCCAGUCCCGAACCACCAUCUUGCAGGUUUAAUAAAUCAGAUUCAGGCUAGCGGGAACUGUGGGAUGCUCAGUCAGUCGGGCAUGGCUUUAGGAAAUUCAUUACAUCCCAAUCCACCUCAGUCAAGAAUUUCAACGUCCUCCACUCCAGUGAUACCAAACAGCAUUGUUAGCAGCUAUAAUCAAACAAGUUCUGAAGCAGGCAUUUCAGGACCAUCAUCCUCCAUAGCCAUAGCUGGCACCAACCACCCUGCCAUCACAAAGACAACAUCUGUUCUUCAAGAUGGCGUUAUAGUCACCACCGCAGCUGGAAACCCACUGCAGAGUCAGCUGCCCAUUGGGAGUGAUUUUCCCUUUGUUGGCCAGGAGCACGCACUUCAUUUUCCAUCCAACAGCACUUCAAACAACCAUCUUCCACACCCCUUGAACCCCAGCCUCCUCAGUUCUCUACCUAUCUCUUUGCCAGUGAAUCAACAGCAUCUCCUAAACCAGAAUCUAUUAAAUAUCCUCCAGCCUUCAGCAGGAGAAGGCAAGUCUGAGAUCAACCUCCACCCUUUAGGUUUUCUCAACCCGAAUGUAAAUGCUGCUUUAGCUUUUCUCUCCGGUGACAUGGAUGGGCAGGUAUUGCAACCUGUUCACUUUCAGCUCUUAGCAGCCCUGCUUCAGAACCAAGCCCAAGCAGCUGCCAUGCUUCCCCUGCCAUCUUUCAAUCUGACCAUCUCAGAUCUUUUGCAACAGCAAAAUACCCCUUUACCCUCAUUAACACAGAUGACAGCCCCACCAGACCAUUUGCCAAGCAAUCAGUCAGAGAACAGCCGAGCUGAGACCCUUUUAACCAGCCCCCUGGGGAACCCUUUACCAAGCUUUGCAGGCAGUGACACUACUUUUAACCCCCUGUUCCUCCCAGCUGUCACUGGGGCCUCAGGAUUAAUGGCCUUGAAUCCCCAGCUGUUGGGAGGUGUCCUGAACUCGGCAUCGGCCAACACCGCUAAUCAUCCAGAGGUUUCCAUAGCAACUUCCUCCCAGGCAACCACUACCACAACCACUACAUCAUCAGCAGUGGCAGCACUGACUGUCUCAACACUUGGUGGGACAGCAGUGGUGUCAAUGGCAGAAACAUUGCUGAAUAUAUCUAAUAAUGCUGGGAAUACACCUGGUCCAGCUAAACUCAACAGUAACUCUGUGGUGCCACAGCUACUUAACCCUCUACUGGGGACAGGUCUGCUUGGUGACAUGUCCUCAAUAAACAAUACUUUGAAUAACCAUCAACUGACUCAUCUACAGUCGCUGUUAAACAACAAUCAGAUGUUUCCUCCAAAUCAGCAACAGCAGCAACUUCUUCAGGGGUACCAGAACCUCCAGGCAUUUCAAGGACAGUCCGCAAUUCCUUGCCCAGCUAACAAUAACCCCAUGGCUUGUCUGUUUCAGAACUUUCAGGUGAGGAUGCAGGAAGAUGCAACUCUCCUAAACAAAAGAAUAAGCACUCAGCCGGGGCUCACAGCACUUCCUGAGAAUCCGAACACUACACUUCCGCCUUUCCAAGAUACAUCUUGUGAGUUGCAACCGAGGAUUGACUCAUCUCUUGGUCAGCAGGUGAAGGAUGGCCUUGUUAUGGGUGGCCAAGGUGAUGCUUCUGUAGAUGCCAUUUACAAGGCAGUUGUUGAUGCAGCCAGCAAAGGAAUGCAGGUUGUCAUUACCACUGCAGUCAACAGUACAACUCAGAUCAGCCCCAUUCCAGCUCUGAGUGCCAUGAGUGCCUUCACUGCUUCGAUUGGUGACCCGUUAAGUCUCCCCAGUGCUGUCAGUGCGGUCAUUCAUGGACGAAACAUGGGCAGUGUCGAUCAUGAUGGUAGGCUGAGGAAUGCAAGAGGGGCCCGGCUGCCCAGGAAUCUGGACCAUGGGAAAAACUCAAAUGAAGGAGAUGGGUUUGAAUAUUUCAAGGCAGCAAGUUGCCACACAUCCAAAAAACAGUGGGAUGGGGAGCAAAGCCCUGGAGGGGAACGAAACAGGUGGAAAUGCGAGGAAUUUUUAGAUCAUCCAGGCCAUAUCCACAGUAGUCCUUGUCAUGAAAGGUCCAAUAAUGUCUCUACACUGCCAUUUCUGCCUGGGGAACAGCACCCAAUACUGUUACCACCAAGAAACUGUCAAGGGGAUAAAAUUCUGGAGGAAAAUUUCAGGUAUAAUAACUACAAAAGAACUAUGAUGACUUUUAAGGAGAGACUAGAGAACACUGUGGAAAGAUGUGCACACAUUAAUGGGAACAGACCUCGACAGAGUCGGGGCUUUGGAGAGCUGCUGAGUACCACAAGGCAAGACCUCGUCCUAGAGGAGCAGUCUCCAAGCUCCUCAAAUAGUUUGGAAAGUUCUCUGGUCAAAGACUACAUCCAUUAUAAUGGAGACUUUAAUGCCAAAAGCAUUAAUGGGUGUGUGCCUAGCCCUUCAGACGCUAAAAGCAUUAGUAGUGAAGAUGACCUAAGGAAUCCAGACUCCCCCUCUUCAAAUGAGUUGAUACAUUAUAGGCCAAGGACGUUCAACGUUGGCGACUUGGUCUGGGGCCAAAUCAAAGGACUUACUUCCUGGCCUGGAAAAUUAGUAAGAGAAGACGACGUUCACAAUUCAUGUCAACAAAGCCCCGAGGAAGGGAAGGUGGAGCCGGAGAAGUUGAAGACACUAACAGAAGGUUUAGAAGCCUACAGUCGAGCCCGGAAAAGGAACAGAAAAAGUGGAAAGCUAAAUAACCAUUUAGAAGCUGCUAUUCAUGAGGCCAUGAGUGAACUGGACAAAAUGUCUGGGACUGUUCACCAAAUCCCACAGGGAGACAGACAAAUGAGACCCCCCAAACCCAAGAGGAGGAAGAUCUCCAGAUAACAGGGACUAUUCCACCAAUGCACAGUGUUUAUUAAAGGAACGUGCACAGAUACAUCUGUAUAUAGGUAUUGAUAUAGCCGAUGUUAUAUCAAUAUUUAUACUAUGGCAGAUAGCUACACCACCACAGGGUGCUAAAAGAAGCAGUGAUACAGUAUUUUUUUUGAUCAGGAAGGAUAAUGAAUGCUGGAAAAACCAAUCAAAAUCCCUGAAGGAUGAGAGUGAUAAAUGGUCAAGAGAUUACUGAGAAACUCUUUUUUCUAUAAUACUAAAAUUGUGAUUAUAAGAAAUAGUCCAAAUGUUUCUGAAGAAUUUUCAAUGUUGUAUAUAGAAAAUACAGAAUUUCAUGGUGAUAUCAGAAAUGUAAAUAUUGUACAAUAUUGUCAUGUACAAGCGUACCUAAUGCACACUUUAUCUUUUAUUGUACAAAGAAAUAGUGUACAAAAUUCUUUGGUUUCUAUGGAGUACACCUACCAGAGACUACCAGUGUAAAGUGAUAAAUAAAAAUACAACCUAAAUGCUUUUCUAUGAUAAUGUAAAAGAUGCUGUUUUUGUAUCUAACAGCAGAGAAAAGGCAUGAUGAUGUAUUACCUGAAUUAUGACAUACACUGCACACCACUGAGUGUCCAUUUAUAUUGUUUGUUUGGAAUGAACUUUGCCUGAAAGCACUGGACUUGAGUUCGGGUGUCUAGGAAAUUGAAACCUUGCAGAUUUCUAAAGGGAUGAGGGCUCACACGUCUAAAUUAAGAAUUCAAAAACUGCAACCAUUUGUUGCAUAUUUUUUUUACCUAAGUUUUAAAGUAGAAUAGGUUUUAUAAAAAAAAAAUCUUAGAUGGACUAUUUUACUCAGUCAUUUCUGUAGUUAAUGUGUGAGAGCCACCUGCUGAAU